AUGGCCACUGAAGUGUUGUCAGGCACAGGUCUGACCUUCGAGAGCACUUCCGAAGUCCCCGGGGGUCUCAAAUUUAUUGAGACCCCCCUAGAGCAGAACUAUGAAUUCUGCGAAGAGUUGGGGAGUGGCCAAUUUGCUCAAGUUCGAAGAGUCGUCAAACGAUCCACGGGUGCCGCCUAUGCGGCCAAAUUCAUUAAGAAGCGGAGAUAUACCACUUCUCGACGAGGGGUACCUCGGGAACACAUUGAAAGGGAAGUUCAAGUUCUCCAGACAAUCGCCGGCCAUCCCAAUGUGAUCGAAUUGCAUGAGGUUUACGAGACCCUGACUGAUGUUGUUCUCAUCUUGGAAUUGUAAGUCCUCUUGGAGGUAACGCUACGUUGUCAGAGUGUCCGGUGGCGAACUGUUCGAUCAUGUAUGCGCCAACGAAUAUCUGGAUGAAGUGGAGGCGGCGGCAUUUAUAAAACAAAUCCUAUUUGGCAUUCAUCAUUUACAUUCCAAACAUGUUGUGCAUAUGGAUAUUAAGGUAAGAACAGUAUAAGAUGCAACAAACCUCCAUAGCCAGAGAAUAUUAUGUUGCGGAGGCGAAACGAGCCUCAGAUUAAAUUGAUUGACUUCGGGUUGUCAAGAAUCAUCAGGCCAGGAGAGCAAGUCAAGGAUAUGAUCGGGACCCCCGAAUUCGUAGGUAAUGAUUCUUUUCAUUCCUCAAUCUUUAUCUACGUAGCGUUGAUGACAUUUUUUCAGCUCCUGAAGUUGUAAAUUACGAACCGUUAGCUCCAGCAACCGAUAUGUGGGCAUUGGGAGUGGUGACAUAUAUACUGUGAGUCCUUUAAAUUUUAAUUUAUCUCUUUAUAGGGCACCGGCCCAAUAUGUAUAGUUGCACAAUUAUUUGACCAGCCAGGCAAUGAGUUGAAAUCACAACUAAUUUUUUUAAUCUCUUGCCAAAAAAUGGAUCUCGGCUAGCCAAAUGUCAAAAUGGCUGUCAAAAGUGUUUCUGCCGUUUCUAUCGUCUGUGACGGCAUUCUAACACUUUGGCUAUCGGAUCCAGUCUUUGUGCUAGUCAUUAAUUUUUUUUAUUAUGUCUAUUUUUAUACACCUAUUCCAUUUUUUGGCUAGCUUUUUUCGAGACUUCAAAGCCAUUCCGACGCUUUGGCUAGCCGAUCAUUGUUUUUGGCUAGUCAUUUAAAAAUUUAGUCGUGAUUUCAACUCAUUCGGUUGAAAAAUUUUGCAACGUUGGCUAUACCUAUUGGGCCGAUACCCGAUCUGCCCCAAAUUAAAUUUAAAUGAAAGGUUGUGCUUUAUAGUCUGAGUGGCGGAUCUCCGUUCCUCGGUGCAAGUCGAGACGAAACCUUUUGCAACAUCACAGCCGUGAAAUACCAUUUCUCUACGCAAUAUUUUGGGAAAGUUUCUCCCCAUGCCAAAGAUUUCAUUGCCCGGUUAUUUGUGAGGGAUAUCAGAAAAAGGGCGACCGUCAACGAUUGCCUCAGGCAUCCUUGGAUUAAGGGUGUGAGUCUUCGAACUUAUUCUGUUCGGUCUUUAAACCACUUUUGAUUAUAUUUUUUUAGCCUGAAAAUGGGAUCGACGACAUUAGAAGGUCGUCCAUCAUCAGCGUAUCUCACAUCCAUUCAUUCAAAAUUAGACAAAAAUGGAGAGUAAGUAAAAUUUUGCACUACCUUUCUGUGCUUCCAAAACAUAACUAAUGCAGCCGCAAUGAAAAAUAAUGUAAGGAUUGUGACAUACUCUGCUCUUGUCUGAGCAGAGAAAAAAGAAAAAAAUCUCCACCAGGAGAGAGCAGAAAUUUACGAAAUGUUACGCAAUUUAAGACAAGUAUUACGCAUUUCUUGUAUAGAGGUCUAACAGACAAGAAAUCGCGGUUUCUAUCCACGACAUCCGGUUUUAUGCGUAUGUCACCAUCCUCAUAUCGCUUGCAAAAGUUUUAUGAAUCAGACUUGAAAACGCGUAAUCUGUUGCGCAAUCUUCUCCAACUUCAGAAAGCCAUCGAAAUCGUCCGACUUUGUGUCCGGAUAACGGUGAAUGAAAGAAGGAGGAUAUCCAUGGGUCUGACCGCUAUCGCAGACUCCAAAUAUGACCCGGUAAGAGAAGACAGCACCACUUACCUUAUAUUAGGAUGACAUCUUGACCAGUGCUAUCCUAGUUGCAUGUGGAGAAACAAAUAUAGGAGCGUUGGAACAACUGGGAAGUCUUUACAGAUUCAAAUUAAAUGUUGCUAAUGCUGUAAGUCAACGUUUUCUGAGAGAACAUUAUAGCAAAAGACAAGUGUCAUUUGACGUUUUUGCAGCUGGGAGAGACCUCGGUUCAUGCGUGCGCGGCAUCGGGAUCCGAGAAACUUUUGAUUUAUCUCCAACGCCGAGGUUGUCCCAUUGAUGUUGUUGAUUCCAGAGGGGAAACUCCAUUGUUUGCAGCUGCUCGAAAUGGUCACGCACAUUUAGUCAGAUAUCUAACGUGCCACAGGAACAAGUUUGUUGAUGUGAACAAAUCAAAUUUGGUAAGCAUUCACAUUGUAGACUUAUAUACUUCUGACUGGUAUGCUAUACUUUGUGAAUGUCUUUAGAACGGAGAAACAGCCCUACACGCAGCUACCCGUUACUCCCAAGUCGAGACAUGCCUCGCUCUUCUUGAGAAUGGAGCUGAUGUUGACAUCCCGGAUGAGGUCCGUUUCAUGUUUUUCAAAAGUCUGAAGUCAUCAAAAAUACAAUUAAGUUAUUUUUAGCAUGGUGAAACCCCGCUUCACAUUGCGAGUUGGUACGGCUAUAGUCUAUUGCUGAGCAUUUUAUGCCGUUUCAAUGCCCGCGUAGAUCUCUUAAAUCAGGUAAGGAAUGUUUUGACAGCAUCGGGACAUUAAAGCGGCGGUUGAGUUAGUGCUCUCCCGAGACUUGCGUUUAGAAUGCAUGGAUUCAACAAGGCGGGGUGGGGGUAAGUCCUCCGAUUGGACAAAAAAUUAGGCGGCUUCAGGAAAAUGACGGAAACCGACUUCGAACAGCGUCCUCUCUUUGUUGGUCUCCAUGGUGAAGAAAGAGAGCGUGUUCGAUAGUAAAGGGUGCGAGGUAACCGAAAAAUAGCACACCUGCCUCAAUGCACACUCACAACGACACGGUCGGGCGGCUUGCUUUAUAUGUUCAUAGUCGAAUUAUUUUUGAGCGAUCCUCCCAGAAAUUUUGGCUCUUUGAAUUUACUUUUUUCGUUGACCGAAGGCGAAUUCAAAUAGACAGUUAUCGAAUAUUUAUUCUCUCGGGGGAGUAUAAUAAGAUAAUUGGCGUGGUGUACGAGGUCAGAGUCUUCUUUGAAGGGCGUGUUUGUACGUGAAUCGUGUUUCGUAAUAGGUCACUUUUGUCCAUCAAAAGGUAUUCGGUAUUUAAGAAGCGAUCCUGGAUCCGGUUACAUCUAGAUCCGAGGAGAAUGUCGAAUACGUACAAGUUGAGGAUGAAGUAGAUGAGUCAUCCUUCCCGGCUGCAGUCUUCACUCCCUCAUCCGAGGAGAAUACAUCUUCGUCUUCGCGAGCAGAACAUCCCGGAAACAUUGUCCGAAAUAUAUUUGCCGAUCCCGAUAAGGUGGCUCGGACGGACCUUGGAACGUUAAUUCAUACUGUGACACGGUCUGUGAGCAAAGAAAUGGCCGACGAAGAGAACAACGACUUUCGUACGAAUCCUUUCCAUCCCCAAUAUAAUGGCUUCAGUCAAAAGACCAAGGGCCCCAUUCUCCCAUUUGAGGCAUCGACGCUCGAUCUGUACAGCGACACCUUUUCCAGUCCUCAUGUUCCAUCUUUAUGGCAACUGGAGAGCAAGUAUAGGCCUAGUGAAGUUUUGAUGGGCCUCUCAAACAACAAUCCGUUCAGAACCGAGGCCUGGCAGCCUCCAGAACGGUCGAUUAAUACGGCUCGACCGAAUUACGAACAAGAAUGCUCUGAGGCUACGGGCCAUUCGAAAUUCGAUGGCAGAUUCACAGAAGGGGAUUUCCCUAGUCAAAAAAACCAGCUUAUCUUCAGUUCCAGUGCUCCGGCCACUUCUAGAAAGCUUGCGCCUUGUGCUGUAUCAUAUCCGUCGACUUCGGUCUUUAUACAAUUAGUUAACAGCGCAUUUGAGGCAGGAUUAGUGCAUCCGGAUGGGAGGUACUACCCUGAUGGAUGCUGCACGGUAUGUGGGACGUUUUGGAAAGGUAGCGGGGAAUCAUGUAAUCAAAGUAUAAUAUGUUUUUUUAAAUAAUUGCGAAUCUUUUUCAGGAUGACGAAACAGCUCUUCACUGUGCAGCCACGAGAGGUCACAUGGAAUGUGUGCAAAGUCUUCUCGAGAGCGGUGCCCCCAUCGACGCUCAAGAUCAGACUGGCCAAACAGCUCUACAUUUGGCUCUACGGAGAUCCCACCUGGAUAUUGCAUUAUAUUUGAUUACUAAAGGAUCUUGCUUUGAUGUUCCAGAUCAGGUAAGCGGAAUUCCAAUAUUGGUAUGUGGAUUUGUAGAACGGUGACACCCCUUUGCAUGUGAGCAGUAAGCUUGGAUUAAUCGCCGCCGUCCAGACCCUUUGCCACAUUGGCGCGGCCGUUGAUGUUGUCAAUAAAAAGAAUGUAACUCCCUUACAUUUGGCAGCACGUGAAGGGCACAUCGAGGUAGUCAGAUGUCUCAGUCUUUCUAAUGCUGACACCACAAUCAAAGACAAUGAAAAUCAUACAGCCGCGGAACUUGCUUUGGCGAACUCUCAUGAAGAUGUGUAUAAUCUUCUAAAUCGAGUGGCAUCUGUAAGUUAAGAUGAUUUAAUGACUGAAAUAUUUUUUAGGAACAAGUACGAGAGAGAUGUAUUCAGCAACUUUGUCCAAUGGAUACUUGUCUGCGGCGAAUCAAACUCAAACUGUUUGGUCAUUCCGAAGUGGGCAAGUCAAGAUUGGUUGAAGCCCUCCAGCAGGGUGUCAUUGAUUCCUUCAUCACGGCUGUGUCUCGGAGGUUCUCUGACAAUCUCGGCGUCACUUCCCCAGCAUCAAAUGGAAAAGAAAAAAGAGUGUCUGACGAGGGCAUCCAUAGUUGUUCAUCGAGUUCCGUCUCAUGCCAUGACGCCUUCUUCAACGAUCGGUCUAUAGCCGGGACUACAGCUUUUAAACGCCCAACUCACCUAAAUUACACCAGAGGCAUAGAUGUGUUCAAUGUUAAUUUUCCAAACUGCGGAGAGUUCUCAGUUUGGGAAUUCGGAGGAUACGAAAGUUAUCAUAUCAUCUACGAUCACUUCGUAGGAAACACGGACUGUAUUCAUGUUGUUGUCAUCAAUGGGGCAGAUCCAACAGAAGUACAAUACAAAGAGGUUUUGUAUUGGAUGAAUUUCCUGAAGGGUCGUGUCACUCCUUCUGAGCCCAUCGGCCACUGUGGAGUUGUUUCUAGGAGGUCAAAGGUGGUGAUCGUGGGGACCCAUGCCACCCCACAACAAUAUCCUGAAAAGACUUCUGACGGGGAAUUCACAAGUUCCGACGCCGAUGCAAUGAUGAAAACUAUCCGGCUCCGCUUCGAAACCCAUUUUGAUAUUCACGAGAAACUCGUUCUUCUCGACGCCGCCAAUCCUAAAUGUAAUGGACUAAAAUCCUUGAGGGCCUACUUGCAGUCAGCACGGAAUUCCAUCGUCGAGGUAAGUUCUAUUUUCUUGGAAAGCUAUGAUGAUUUUGCGAUACUAUAAACAAACCUUUUCAGCGCCUCCAGCGACCGCUUUCCCUGUUGGAUGAGAGCGUCACCUUUCUUGGGACUCUUCGACAAAAAUACACAGCAUUUCCCGUCAUUACAUGGGUUACUUUUACGAAUGUAGUCCGAGAAGAAAUCAACCCGCUCGCUUCGGAUUCCCAUUGUCGUCAGCUGAUUCAGCAGUUACAAUUAAUAGGAGAAGUUGUUUAUCUCAGAGAUGAGAGCUCCGAACUGGACUACGUGGUUUUAGUUCCCGAAUGGUUAGGUUCUCAUAUUCUCGGGACUCUUCUUUCUGCGCAGUUUCUGGCUCAAACGAAAGCGCAUGGAUGUUAUACUGUCAAUCAGUUUGCCACCAUCUUCCCAGAAAUUAAGGAAACAUCUCAGUUGUUACAUAUGCUUGAUACAUUACAGGUUGGCUUAAAGCAUUUAAAUACCCGUAAUUUUUUCGUGAUAGUAAUAGUAUAACUUUAGUUGUGUGUCACAGUCGAUAAUGGAGAUGAGAAAACGUACGAAUUUCCUUCAUUUAUUAUGAGUGACCCACCCAAAGAUGUUUGGCCAAACAAUCGACAAAAUCACGUAUACGGUGGAUUAAGAGUAGUUCCCAUGCGAGGAAUGGAACGAUCCCUUCAAAGCACAUUUCCUCGCAUUCAAGUGGCCUUAAGGCGCAGCAUGAAUGAUUUCCAAGAUCCGAUUGAUGCAGACCUGCAGCAAUGGAAUGGAUGCAGCAAGAUAUGCUCCGGAUCAAUGGAAGCAUUGGUCCGACUGCAUGGGGACGCGGUGGAGAUACAGGUCAGAGGCCCAAGGGACAAUGCCUCAGCUUGUGUAUAUUUCAUGGAAGACCUCGCAAAUCUUGUGGAACAAACAGCCAGCGAAGUUGCUCCAGGAAUCUCGCUUGAGCGUCAUUUUCUCUCUCCGAAGCAUCUUGUCACCCACCGAUCAAAUCCGGCUUCAUUUCCACCAGAGGAAAUUAUGGCGAUGCAGCAGCGAGAGUCAUUAACUAUAUUCAACAGUGAAGGAGAAGAAGAGCUCUUUACAAACGUCGUUUGCUUCGGAUCACGCGAAGUCGCGGCCGUUCUCACACUGGGAAUAGACGUGUCCGUCUCGCAGUUACAGCUGAACGCUCGAUGUGAGUUGGCAUCUCUUCUGGAUCCGCCCGACAACAUGGGCCGAGACUGGUCGAUCCUCGCAGUCAAAUUGAACCUAACCGAUCAAUUGCCGGAGGUAGACUCAACUGGUCAAAGUCUUUCACGCACAGAUCAACUUCUGGCUGAAUGGGCACUUCAAUGCCCAGAGGUCGCUUCUAUCGGCCGGCUGUGUUCCAUUUUGGAGGAGAUGGGAAGACAAGACGCCAGGGAUGUCCUUUACCGGACAGUUCCCCUUUACUUGUUCGCCCCCUUCGAAGAAAAUCCAGGUAUAAAUGUUGGCAAUGGGCUUCCACAGACUGAUUCGGGUGUCACUUCAGUUUCGCAUUCGACGGGCGACUGA